UGGCUUUUGUACCUUUUUCAGAUGCUGGGAUACUUCCAACAUGUUAAGCUGACACUUCAUUACCAAUCGCUGCCCUUUUGGCUGGCAUUAAUGAGAGAUUUAGUGUCCAAGCCAAAGAUUGUUGCACCUGCAGCUGGAGAUGGUUCAGUUGAUAAUAAUCCAGGCUCUGGUUCUGGACAGGUUGAUAAUGAAAAGAGAAAGCUUCAAAGUUUUGUUAAUGAUGAUAUUUGCGGUACUAUGUUGGAUGUAUGUUUCCAACGCCUGCUCAAAAGAGAGAAGGUUCUUCCUGGAACAUCAUUUUCUCUAGGGCCAUUGGAGUUGUGGAGUGAUGAUUUUGAGGGCAAAGGAGAGUUCAGCCAGUAUCGCUCUAGGCUGUUGGAGCUGGCCCGCUUUGUUGCUUCAGAUAAACCCCUUAUAGCUGCUAUAAAGGUUUCUGAGAGAAUUGCCACAAUCAUUAAGACUCUGCUUUCACCGAUGUCUGCUCAGGACAUUGCUGUGAUGGAAAGCAUGCCAAUGGCGUUAGAGAAUAUUGCAAGUGUGGUUUUUGAUGGAUCUAAUGAAUAUCUUGGGGGUAGUUCUGAAACUCAACUUGCGCUUUGCAGAAUAUUUGAAGGUUUGCUUCAGCAACUUCUUUCUUUGAAAUGGACUGAACCGGCACUUGUGGAAGUACUCGGGCACUAUUUAGAUGCAUUGGGUCUCUUCCUGAAAUAUUUUCCAGAAGGAGUUGGAAGUGUCAUCAAUAAACUGUUCGAGCUUCUGACUUCACUUCCUUUUGUUGUUAAGGACCCUAAAACAAGUAGUGCCCGUUAUGCAAGGUUGCAGAUCUGUACAUCAUUUGUUCGGCUUGCCAAAUCGGCUGAAAAAAGUCUCCUGCCUCACAUGAAGGGGAUAGCUGACACCAUGGAUUAUCUGCAAAGAGAAGGCUGUUUGCUUCGUGCAGAGCAUAAUAUUCUUGGUGAAGCGUUUCUUGUCAUGGCUUCUGUUGCUGGGGUUCAACAGCAGCAAGAAGUUUUGGCGUGGUUACUUGAACCUUUGAGCAAACAGUGGAUACAGGUAGAAUGGCAACAAACUUAUUUAUCUGACCCAACAGGUCUUAUUCGCCUGUGUUCUGAGACAUCAUUUAUGUGGUCAAUUUUCCACACUGUGACAUUCUUUGAGAGGGCACUUAAGAGGAGUGGGAUUAGAAAAGGCAGUUUGAAUUCACAGAACAGUUCAACAGCAAGUUCUACUCCUUUGCAUCCGAUGUCUUCUCAUCUCUCAUGGAUGCUACCUCCUCUUCUGAAGCUGCUUCGUGCUAUACAUUCUCUUUGGUCUCCUCCUGUAAGUCAAUCAUUACCUGGGGAGAUAAAAGCUGCAAUGAUCAUGAGUGAGGUUGAACGAACUAGUCUUCUUGGGGAAGUGAACCCUAAAUUGUCAAAGAGUGUAGCAGGUUUUAUUGAUGGAUCUCAGAUUGACACGAAUAAGGAGUAUGCAGAAUCACAUGAAACUGACAUACGAAAUUGGUUGAAAGGCAUCAGAGAUAGUGGGUAUAAUGUAUUGGGCUUGUCAACGACCAUUGGUGAUUCCUUCUUCAAAUGCUUGGAUAUUAGUUCUCUUGCUAUAGCACUAAUGGAGAAUAUACAAUCAAUGGAGUUCAGGCAUAUAAGGCAGCUCAUCCAUUCAGUUUUGAUUCCUUUGGUUAAAUUUUGCCCUUCGGAUUUGUGGGAGGAGUGGCUGGAAAAGCUCCUUCAUCCAUUAUUUAUUCAUUCUCAGCAAGCUCUUAGCUGCUCAUGGUCUUGUCUUCUACGUGAAGGGAGAGCCAGGGUUCCAGAUGUACAUGCCAUACUUGCUGGAUCAGACUUAAAAGUGGAAGUAAUGGAGGAAAAGCUACUUCGUGAUUUAACUCGUGAGAUAUGUGCACUUCUCUCAGUUUUAGCUUCACCAGGACUGAAUACUGGGCUUCCUUCUUUAGAACAGUCUGGGCAUGUCAGCCGUGGGGACAUGUCUUCCCUCAAGGAUUUGGAUGCAUUUGCAUCAACCUCUAUGGUUGGUUUCCUUUUGAAGCAUAAGGGUCUGGCUCUUCCACUAUCGCAGAUAAGUUUAGAAGCUUUUACAUGGACGGAUGGUGAAGCUGUGACUAAAGUUUCUUCCUUUUGUGGAGUUGUGGUUCUUCUAGCUAUUUCAAGUUCCAAUGUAGAACUUCGGGAAUUUGUCGCUAAAGAUUUAUUUUAUGCAAUUAUCCAAGGUUUGGCCCUUGAGUCAAAUGCUUUUGUCAGUGCCGAUUUGGUUGGUCUCUGUCGUGAGAUCUUUGUGUAUCUUUCGGAUAGAGACCCAUCUCCACGGCAGGUUUUGCUGUCUCUCCCUUGCAUUACACCCUAUGAUUUGCUUGCUUUUGAAGAAGCUUUGGCAAAGACAUCUAGCCCUAAGGAGCAAAAACAGCAUAUGAAAAGCUUGCUUCUAUUAGCCACAGGAAACAAGUUAAAAGCACUUGCUGCUCAGAAAAGCAUGAAUGUGAUUACAAAUGUUUCAACAAGGCCUCGCAGUAUGGUUAAUGCUUCAGAACCCAGGGUUGAAGAAGGGGAUUCUGUGGGAUUAGCAGCCAUUUUGUAAGAUCUAUAGUAGUGAUCAUCAUAGAGUUCCUGUACAGAGUAAACUCAAAAGAAGAAUCAAAUCUUAUCUCAGAAAUACAGUGAAGGAGACCGCGUUUUACCCUGACCAGUGAGGACAUAGAAGGUUGAAUAGAAGUUACUCAUCUAAAACUCCAUUAUUCCUUGCCUCUCCCUUGUAAAUUAGGUUGGUUAUAUUUUUACAGUUUGGAUUUUUAUAUUUAUUUCAUUCUGUUAUGCAAAUUAAAAUAGACUCUUGAUCCUGUUCUAAAUUAACUAGUCAGUUCCAAAAACAGAAGCUGGCAACUGUUUUCUAGGAGUUGAAAUAGAUUUCUCUCAUUUUAAAUAUUUCCCAUAUUUUAUAGUAGUCCAUUGGAUGAUGUUAGGCUAUAUAUGCUCGAGGCAAUGGCAGGCAUUAAGCUCAUUAUUUGCUUUUA